AUGGAUGGAGAUCGACAAGUCUUGUUGGCGUUUGUACCCUCAUCUUCAAGUUUACUACGGGACGAUGAGGACCCUAUGAAUGAUGACUUUUCAUCUGUGGCUUAUAGCGAGUGAGUAUUACAUUUUUUCUUCAAUAACUUUCUUUACACAAAAAUUUUUUCAUAUUUUAUAAAAAAUUUGGUGUCUGGUUUUGUAAAGAAAGUUCUUGCCAUUUUUUGCUUUGUAAAGAAUGUUCUUGCCAUUUUAUCUUUUGUAAAGAAAGUUCUUGCCAUUUUAUCUUUUGUAAAGAAAGUACUUGUCAUUUUUUGCUUUGUAAAGAAAGUUAUUGCUAUUUUAAGCCUGGCAUCAACCUAUAGUAACAUAAAUUUCUUUCAGAUUCAAAAGCAAUGACUGUGGACUGGAUCGGGCACUAAACGAAUGCAAUCAAAUACGGCUAAAACAUGGUUUCAAAGAAGGGCUUUUAUUAAAGUGCAUCGAACCUAAAGGUAAAUAGUUUUUUUACAUUGAUACUUUUAUUAUUGUUACAAAUUUGGUAAAAUACGACUCCCUGACCUAUUUGUACUUUCUUUUGUCACCCGCAGGCUGCAAAGGAUUAAAACUGGUCUUUCAGCAAAAAAUGGCAGUAACUUUCUUUACAAGCCAAAACAAUAGCAAGAACUUUCUUUACAAAGCAAAAAAUGGCAAUAGCUUUUUUUAAAAAACAAUAAAUGACAAGAACUUUCCUUACAAAACGAAAAAUGAAAACAAUACAAUUUUUUUUUAUUUUUAGCCAUGUUUUCAUUUCUGCACUUUGCCACGUUCGAAACGGGCUCAUUUGGCAACACUGGAGCGGGUCAGCUGGCCGAUAGUCUGGACUUAUCAUCUGGAGCACUCAUCGGCGCGUAUGAUGAAUUAUUUGCGAUUCAGAAGUCGACAAGCUUCAUCGAACCUACAUUACCUUCACAUCGACAUGCAGGAUUUAUAGUAUCGAGUUUUAAGAUACUCGACAGGACGAGUCGGGUAGGAUUUUUUGAAAUUUAAAAUUUGAAAUUUAUUGAAAUUUCGAAAUUUUGAAAAAUUUUAAAUUUUUGAAAAAAUUUUUUUGGUUAUAUAUAAAAUGUGUCAUAAUGACAUUUUUUAGCAAAAACAACUAGAAAAAACGUGGUUAUCUUGGACUGGAGCCAGAGAAAUAUACAAAUAUUCACCUAGAACUUGGAACCUACGGAGAAUCACAUUGACUAGGAUAGCUGGAAUGUCGUAAGUUGAUCAUGUUCUCUUUGCCUUGCCUUGCCUUGUUUCGCUUUGCUCUGUCCUGCCCUCUUUGACCCUACUUGUGCUUUGCUACUACAUAUUCUGUGGCUGUGCUUUACUCUUGUUCUAUUACGUUACUGUGUAAGAUAUAGAAAUGUAAAAAUGAAAUUUUUUUUAGAAAGGACAACCAACGAACGUUCGCCUACGUUGUUCUAUGCGAGUUUGGCAAUAUUUUACAUCCGUCAAACACGAUCAAAGCCCUGGAUAUGUGUGAAAGGCUAAGAGCCAGGAACUGUGGCCAUAUUGGUCUGUAUCAGGUAAGAAUUUCAUGACUUUAUCUUGAGCCCGAGCACAGAGUCUUAUUCAGAGCUCUAGACCAGAGCCCUAGCCCAGAGCUCUAAUUAUUUAUUUACCAUAUUUUACCUUACCCUACCUUGUCUUAUCUUAACCUAGCCUUAUCCCUAGCUCUAACUCUGUGCCGGAGUCUAAGCUUUAGCCAUUUUCUACUUUUCCUUAGCUUGCCUUUGCCUUACUUCAGCUAUAGCAUAGUCUAUACCUGUUACAGUAAAUUUUACUAUAGCCUUUGACUGACUCUUUACGGUUAUUUAGGCUUAUUAUGUUAUUGAUGCUCCUAUAUAAAGUGCACGUAUUUUACAUUUUCACAAAUACAAACCGUAUUUUAAACUUAAAAUAGCCUAACUUUACUUCCUAUUACUUACUCAUCAUUCCAGGUCCAAUACAACUACGGUAAAGGCCCGAUGUCUCCCUUCAACAACGGUCGACCUCGUGCCUUCACCCAGUCCAAUACCCCAUCACCCUCCAACUCAACCACCUUCCGAGGCCUAUCACCCCGAAGUUCACCACGCCUAUCACCACGAAACCUAACGCCAAACAUGAUAAAUGGCAGAAGACCGAUGGUACGAGGCUAUUCCCAAGAUGUAGAUACGGUUGGACCGACUGAGACGGCCAGACGAAGGAGUAUAUUGUUGAGGAUGAGGGAUCGAAGCUUGGGGUACGAGCUGAAUGAUCCUGGUCGAUUUCUCAGCUAUCAACAGUUUGAGGAGUUGGCUUGA